AUGCAUAACAGGCUGCUCCAUCUAACCAUAUUAAGCAGCCGGUUUUUCACUGCAUUCGGUGCAAUAGUUACUCUUAGCACCUUUAUUGAGGUUACAAAAACCCUUCCUCCUGGAGGAGUGCCACCCACAGCCUCAAAACCACAGCCAGAGGCCACGGGUACAUCAAAGACAGAGCACACUACUACUCAAGACAGUCCCCAGUCUCACAAAUCUGACACUGGGCCUCCUCCUCCUCCUGCUCCACCUUCUACCACGGCUGGGACAGCUAUUCAAAGUACUUCUAUAGAUCCCAUUCUAUCAACAACGGAGUCUGGUCUCUCAGCGUGGAUAUCUGUGACAAGUACUAUUGUUCCAUCUUUGACACUGUCGCCGUCUUCCACUGAGUCACCAACAUCUCGUGUUUCCUCGCCGUCGGCCACCGCAACCCCCAAUUCCGGUAGCACAAUCAACAAGGGUGCAAUUAUCGGCGGUGCUAGUGCAGCAGGCGCUGUUGUUAUUGCUCUCAUCGCUGCGGCCUUCUUCUGGUGGCGACGGCGACAGCGUGGCCGAGAUGCACCGGCCGCUGGCAGCAGGAAUCAAAAUCGCAGUAGAAGUAGCGUCUCCGAGCCCACCAACAAUUAUCGCCAUUCAGCUUUGAGAAUAAAAUCAACAUUCCCUAUCUUCAAGAAUUUCAAGGACAGUGACGAAGCUAGCGUGACUAGCUUCAAGAGUCGCGGAAUGAAAUCCUUGCUCACGGGCGGUCGCAACAGUCAUGCUGUGCCCAAAAGCCGCAUACCAAUCUCUGCUCCUCUACAACAACAUCCUGGCCAUGAUACUCUAAAAGAUAUAUCCAAGGGGCCUUACGAGACAGCAUCUCAACAGCCAUCCCUGUCUCAUCCUCCUAUGCCGCCUAUUCCCGCCUAUAUCAACCAGCGAGCAUCGAAUGAAAUAUCUACUAUGUCGGUGAUAGAAGAGUAUUCUGCUGAGGAUGCAGGCAACCGCCGCAGCAAUGAUGAUAAUAACGAUAACAGGUCUCAGUAUAACCAAGGAUACCCCAUGACCAGGCCCUCUCCAACUGGGCGGGUCUCGAGAGGAAGAGGCCCCAACCAAUGGUCAGGACUAUCGUCCCAGCCGUCACGUCUAUUACAUCGUUCUCAAAUGACAGAAUUUCCGAGACAUACUGGUGGUUAUAUGAGUAUGCAUGGAGCAAUGGGAAAUGCCAGUUACGUGCCUCCGGCGCGGCCGGCUGUGAGGAGCAUGAAAAAUAAUGGCUAUUACGGCUUCAGAGAUACGAUUGACUCCGGUUCUGAUUAUACGGAUAUUCCCUUUGAUCCUCGCCAUGCGACUCGCUACCCUUACAACUAG